CACAGCGGAUCACCAAUCCAUGGUAAGAGCCGAAGAUGUCAGCUCGGUCAUGUGAUCAGCUGUGUCCAAUCAUAGCUGAUCACAUGGCACUGAUGAUCAGUGUGCCCUGAUGAUCAGUGUGGCCCCAGAAGUGCCACCUGUCAUUGUCCAUCAGUGCCAGCUGUCAGUGCUGAACAGUGCCACCUGCCAGUGCCCAUCAGUGCCACAUCAAUGCCACAUAUCAGUGCCUACCAGUGCACAUCGGUGUCCAUCUGAGCUGCCUUUCAGUGUCAACCAUCAGUGCCAGUCAGUGCCACCUAUCAAAGCCAAUCAGUGCCACAUAUCAGUGCUGCCAGUCAGUGCCGCCUAUCAGUGCCAGUCAGUG